AUGGAAGACUCUCUGGAAGUGAAACCAGGUAGCGAACCUGCCAACUUCGAGAAGGAAAAGCCUCAAGACGAUGAAGAAGAUACCAUCGUUGAGCAUGAGAAGUAUGGAAUGAGAGAAAUUGUCAUUCCUGUUGGAGACAAAGAAAUCCGAUUCAACCCGGUGACAAGCGUCUUCGCCAUUGCCUUUCUUUGGGGACUUGCCGUAUGGUGCAUGACCGACCCUGAGUUUUCACGAGACAAACUCGUUGAGUUCAGAGGAAAUGUUGCCGAGCUGUUCACGUGGUUCUACGUUGGUACCAACCCUGCUUUCAUGUUCUUCAUCCUCUGGGUUGCAUACCGAUAUGGUAACAUUCGCCUUGGCCCCCAGGACUCUACACCAGAAUUCGAUGAUAUCACCUACUUUUCCAUGCUUUUCUCUGCUGGAGUGGGUGUUGGUCUCUUUUUCUAUGGUGUUGCCGAACCCCUUUGGCACCGUGGAUCUCACUGGUUUGCCGAAACCGGAUACAAGGCCCAAGAUGAAAUUGAUAUGUUUGCCCUUAACAUUACAGUCUUCCACUGGGGAAUCACUGGAUGGUCGCAAUACCUCAUUGUCGCCAUUUGUUCUGGACUCGUCAGCUUCCGUUUCAAGCUGCCUCUGACCCUCCGAUCGUGCUUCUACCCGUUGUUGGGAGAGUACACCUGGGGAUGGAUUGGCGACAUCAUUGACGGAUACACCAUUGUGACCACUGUCGCUGGUGUAUGUACCAGUCUUGGAUUGGGAGCCUUCCAAAUCGCCGCCGGAUUGAAGCGUGUGGGUGCCAUUGAUAAGGACAUUUCCGAUGAUGACCUUACUGAUGUUCACCUCUACUCAAUCUGGAUCAUUACUUGCUUGGCCACAAUCUCCGUUAUUUCUGGAGUUGGAAUCGGUAUUAAAUACCUAUCCCAGCUUGCUUUCGGAUUGGGACAGUUGCUCUUGUUCUGGGUCUUCACCAUGGAAAAGACCAACUUUAUUCUUAACUUGAUUGUUCAGGAAGUUGGAUACUACUUCCAAUGGACCGUCUUCCAAAUGAACUUCCAUACCGAUGCUUUCGGUCAACUGAACCAUGGCGAAGGCCGAGCUGUUGAUGGCAACUCUGCUGCUACUUGGUUCAUGGACGCAUGGACAAUCUUUUACAUCGGUUGGUGGGUCGCUUGGGCCGCUUUUGUUGGUCUAUUCAUUGCCCGCGUUUCCAGAGGUCGCACCAUCCGCAACGUUAUCUUCUACAGUUACGCUUGCCCACUCAUCUACACCAUUAUCUGGUUCUGCGUCUUUGGUGGCGUUGGUUUGCGUCAAGUCCGCCAGGCCGAAGAAUUGCAAAUGAUGGGAUUGGCCAUGCACAAUAACAGUGACUUCUACCAAAGUGCUGGAGACGAGUUUUGCUAUGACGUUCCUCAAGUUCCCGAGAUUUCUUACACUGCUUUGGACAACAGUACCGCCACUUUCACGAAUACGUUGAUGGGUGUGACUCCGGUCUGUCUAUUUAACAGUGGUGAUGAUCAAACUGCUUGGUUCAACGUCCUCAACUCCUUCACUUACCCAAAUGACUUCAGCGGCAGUGGAUUUGGACCAUUCCUAACCUGGGUGUCCAUCUUUUCUCUCAGCAUCUACUUCAUCACCUCUUCGGAUUCUGGUUCUUUGGUUGUCGAUCAAUUGGCAUCCAAUGGAUUUGAAGACGCACAUUGGUUGCAACGCGUGUUCUGGGCAUUCACCGAAGGUGGUGCCGCCAGCGCUCUGCUUGUUUCGGGAGGACAGAGUGCUCUGAGGGCUCUACAAGCAGCUUCCAUUCUUUCUGGUCUUCCAUUCACUUUCUUCUUGAUGCUGAUGUGUCUGACCAUUGUUAGCAUGUGUAAGCUUGCCGAAGAAAACGAUAAGGAAGGCACCGACCUUUCCUUGGAAGAAGACUACCACCGCAAACGCACUUUCACCAUGCCCAUCUUUGGGGGUAUUUUCAACAUCUUCGAAAGAGUCUUCUCUUUCGGUAUGACCAAUGAGAAACGUUCCAGCAUUGCAACGAUCAACGGUUCGGAUAUCUCUGGAUUUUUCGUUGCCAUUCUUUUCCCUUUCAUCCCUUUGAACAACAUCUACGGUAUGGCCCGACCCAAGUCCUCUAAUGCUAUCGGCAACAAGGUCAUGGUCUUUUUCUACACCAUCUUCUAUUACUUGACCGUUGGUCUAUUCUGCAGCAUCGGCCAGAGCCCUGCCUUCCGCGGAAUCGGAUGGUCUACCAUGGCCCUCGCUGCCCUCAUCUUGUGUUCCAUUCGCAUGACUGUUCGUGACAACAACAAGAUUGAAGGAAAUGUCAUCGCGGAUUUCGUUUGUUCCAUGUUUCUCUGGCCACAAGUUUUGGUUCAAAUGGAAAAGGAAUUGACCGAGAAGAACAAUACUCCAACUGAGGAAGAUGAAGUUGGCCAAGAGAAGCCAUACGUAGAGAAAGCGGCUGCCUAG